AUGGUAGCGCAAGCUAUCCUCCGGCCAACAGGCCGUCUCACGCCGGUAGGCUUCGGAAUGGCGCUCCUACUCCUCUUGUUUGCAUUAAUCUACCGUGCUGAGGCGCAGCACGCCACGAUCGGCGUCGACUGGGGUGAGGAGUACGUUGAGGUGGCCAUCGCUUUCCGCGGCCAUAAACCGGAUAUUCUGCUCAACGACACUGGCAGCAGGAAAUUCGUCAAUGCAGUAUACCUGGACGACAAGACGCGGUUCUUCGACCAGAAGGCUGCGGCGAACGUUGUCAAGAAUCCGAGCAAAACCGUGCACAAGUCGGCGCACAUCCUGGGUCUGCCGGUGAGCGUGGACGGGGCACAGGAGGUAACUCCCGUCCCCAAGGAACAGGUCCUCGGCAUCUUCAACGACAAAGGAUUCGUUUUCGACUGGGACUACGCCCCGUAUGAGUUCGGCGCGGAUGGUGCCGGACAGCUGUACCUCAAAAUCACCAAAGAGGGCAUGGUCAAGGUUGAAGAAGUGGCGGGACACUUUUUCGACUACAUCAAAGGGAUCGUCACUAACAAACUGGUGGCAUCCAAGGUCAUCGAAGCGGCAGAGACCGACAUAUCAAUCAUGGCGGUGGUGACCAUUCCGUGCAACUACACGCAACACCAGCGGAAGGCCAUCAUUUUCGCCGCUGAGAGCGCCGGGAUAACGGUGGCAGGCUUGGUGCACGGAAUAACCGCCGCGUCUAUCGUCCGAGCGUUCGAGCAGGAACCGGGGACGAAGAAGGUGCUGUUCUACGACCUGGGCAGCUCCGGCGCCAACGUCGGUGUCGUCGAAAUCAAUGUGCCAGAGAAAGACCGCAAGAAGUCGAAAGGCAUAUCUGACACCCAGAUCACAAUGUUGUCCUGUGUGACACUGCAGGGCGUGGGCGGCAGGCAUCACGAUGUGGCGCUGGCACAGCACCUGCGUGCCAUUUUUGAAAAGAAAACCAAGAUCGAGCUCAUGCCACAACACCCGAACGCGCUGCAGAAGUUGUUGAAAGCCGCUAACAAGGCCAAAAUUGCACUCACGAUAUCUGGCGCCACAAACGUAGCCAUAGACGGACUCAUCAGGAAUGUAGACUUCACAAGUGAAACGGUUACGAGGCAGACAUUCACCGAGCUCAUCAGCGGCUCCAUAGCCCAACUCGAGAACCCCGUCAAAAGGGCGUUGGAGUUGGCCGGCGAUUUGAAACUGGAGGAGCUGGAUGGCGUGGAGCUGGUUGGAGGCAGCUGGAGGGUGCCGGCGGUCCAGGAGAAGCUGACCGAGAUCCUCAAGCCACACCCACUCGGCUUCCACCUCAACGCAGAGGAGGCAAUGGCGAUGGGAGCGGGUUACCUCGCCGCGGUACACAACCGUUUCUUCAAAAUGAAAAGCGCGAACGUGGCGGAAAACAGCCUGCACCUAUACGCCAUCAGGAUCUUCUCCAUCGACUCCACGCACCCGGACGCCAUGGAGAAGAGCUCCCCGCUCUUCAAACCAGACAGCAAACUGCAGGGCUCUAAAAGUGUCGUUUUCAAGACCAAUCUCGACUUCCAGCUGGACCUGACGGAGAACGGCGACCUCAUUACCACCUAUCGCAUCACUGGCAUUACUGAGGUAAUGAGCAAGGAGGAAAACAAGGGCAAGGUCGCCCAAAUCACGAUGGUGUUUGGCGCCAAUGCCACAGGAGUCAUUGAGCUCUCAAGGAAAAGCGCAGUCAUUGUCGAGGUUGCCGCCGAUGACGCAAGCAACGCCAGCCAGCCAGCUGCAGAGGGAACCGCCGAAGAAGCCGGCGAGCGCGCUGCCAAUGCCGAACAGGCAAAAGAAGCCCAGGAAUCCAAAGAACAUGAUAAAGCGGAUUCUGCAAAGGAGGAACAGGCUGCGGAACCGGAGAGCAAGGAAUCAAGCGACGCUGAGCAGACUACGGAAUCCGGUAGCGAAGAUCAGGGUAACCGGGAAAACAAAAAAUCCGACGACAAAGCAGAAGCAGGCAAGGAAGCUGACGGCAAAGCGGAGGACAAGAAGCCUGCAGCGCCCGCGGCGUUCGAGCUCCAUACUGAGGUAAUCAACAGACACAGCUCCUUCGCCCCGGAGAAGGUCGAGGAAGCGAUUGCGGGAAUCAAGGCCCGCAACCAACGCGAUAUGGACAUUGCGAGGCUGUCGGAAAGGAAGAACUCGCUGGAGUCGCUCAUUUACAAGUACAAGAGCGCGGCGAGGAAGACGGAGUUCCAGGAGGCGUGCGAUGAGGCGACCCUGGCCACCAUCAACGCGCUGCUGAAGGAAUACGAGGAUUGGUUUGACGAGGAUUCGUACGAUGCCACCCUGGAGCAGUUCGAGGAGCGCAUUUCCAAACUCGAGGAGGUAUCCACGCCCGUGUACCAGAGGUGGUCGGACAACGAGGCCCGCCCCACGCUCAUCGCAUCCACCAACAAGUCCAUAGCGAAGCUGAUGCAGAAGUUCGACGAGCUGCUGGAGAAAAAACCGUACAUCGCCGAGGAGAGCGAGAUGGUCGACAGGUUCAAGAGCGUGCAGACGUGGUGGGAGGAGGUCCAAAAGCAACAGGAGGCCCUGAAACCCAGCGAGGAGCCCGCGUUCACCGCAGCGUCGAUCAAGGUGCGCAUGGAGAUCGCGAAGCAGGUGCUGGCGUCGCUCCAGAAGGUGCCGAAGCCCAAGCCGGCCGCGGAGGAGAAAACGCCAGAGGAGGCCAAGGAGGCGGAGCCGACGGCGGAAGAGGGCGCGCAAUCACCCGAGGAGGAGCAGCCCGCGGACGAAAAGGAAGAACCAGAACAGACGCCAACCGACGAGCUGUAG